GUGGGUAAGUGAAAAUUUGUUGGUUUCCUGUCGUGUCUCAGAAGGUCUUUUCCCUUUUUUUUGACUGGUCUUGGCGGAAUCUCCUUUGAGAUUAUUUUUGGAGAAUGUAAUGAGGUUUGUGUAUUAAAAAUUAAUAAAGUUUGAUAAUUGUGAUUGGUUUGUCAAUUCCAAUAAAGAUUGACUGGCGUCUAACUAUUCACGUUUGGGUUUCUUUUUAUAACAAAUAAAAAGGGGAGGUUGAUUAAUGAACUUUUAAUUAUUCCAAUAUUUACGUUAUAAAAACUGGCGCCCAACGUGGGGCAUUGUCGAGACAUUUGAGACACGACAAAUUUAAUUGUGACUUGUGGUAUUUGACUUAAUUUGUUCUAUAAAAUUUUCUUGUAAUUUAUGAUAUUAUUUAUUGUUGACUUGAAAAUUUAUUUGACAUGUUUUGUGCAUUUUUUUUUGUGACAUGGGCGAGGAGAUUUUUGGUGUGUAGAAUCAGUGCGCGUUAAAGAAAAUUUUUGUGAAAAUUAUCGCGUCCACGAGGCGACGCCAUUUUCAUCACGAAAAUUUUCAAAGCAUAAAUUCGCGGAAAAUUCCUGACAGAUUUUUAAAAUUAAAAUUUUUUCUGAAAUCAGUGAAUUUUUUUUUGAUUUUUGGAUGUAGUUAUUUUUAUGAAAAUUAUUAUAUUUUCACUUUUUGUUCCCCACGUGGCCGGCUUCCGUGGAAAAUUCCAAGCCUCACGUGAUAGUACGCGCAUGCGCUGUUAGAAACCUCGCAUGAGUUUAAAAUUCGAAUCUCGGUGCACAGACACUCGCGGAUCGUGAAAAUUUUCUAAGAGAACAUUGUUAUUGCGCAUGACACGGGACUUGGAAAUUUUGAACAGAAAGAAGUACAGUGAGAGUAGAAAGAGAUAGAGUAUUGUAACAAUUUAUCGUAAAUUGUCAAGAUUUUUUUUUUAAAUAAUUGUUAAAAUUUUGAGAAAAUUAUGAACAAUUUUUCAGGGCCGUAUUGACAUAUUGGGACCCCGUGGAAAUUAAUUUUGACAAUUCGCAAGAAAUUUUUACUGUGUUGAUAAAAUUAAAAAAUUUUUUUUGACAAGAAAAUUAUCUUAUUAAAUUAAACAUUUGGUCAGGACCGUAUGACAAGGGUACCGGGCCCAACCAAAAGAAAUUUUGAUACUUGAGUGGAAAUUUUUAAGGGAGAAAAAUUUUCCGUUAUGACAGUCAACCAAAUUGUUACGAUUAUUGUUGACCAGGGCCGUAUCUAGAGGAGACGGGCCCCCAAAAAUAAAUUGUGCCAUUUUGCAUAAAUAAAGAAUUAAUUUGUUUAAUUUUUGUUUGUUGACUCUCAACCAAAGCAAUCAAAAUUUAAAGUGACCAGGCCCGUAUCACGGAGUUACGGUACCCUAAAAAUUUUUUUUUGAUAAAUUUUCAAAAUUUUUCUGGUCGGCGAUUAAAUAAUUUUUUUUUUGCGUUUAGUUUUUGGAAUUUUUUUUUGUGAUUCGCAAUGGAACUCUCACUAGUUGAAAUAAAUGACUACGUAGAGAAAAUGCACAACUUGAUGUUGUUGGAACAACCGAGAAUUACAUGGGGUACAAUUCUAAGCAUGCCAAUAGGGCAAGUUGUGACAACAUUAUUACAACAUCAGUGUUGCAUUAGUGGGAGUGCACAGGUACUCAGAGAGAGGUUAUUCAGAAUUAGUCUGAGAAUUGAUUUUGCCAAUCAAUUUGAAGUCCCCUUUUCUGAACUAUUUGACCUGGGACAAUCUCAAGAGAUAUUCAGGGUAGAAGCGUUUACUUUCCCAACAGACGAGGAAAGACAAAAUAUCAACUUAAACAGAGGAGGGGGGCAAAAUUUUGACAGUGAGGAGGAGGCGGGACGUGGUUCACCUCGUGACUUGGGAAUUUUGGGAAUGGACAGGAGUAGGGGAAAUAGCGCGUCACACAGCAGACACAGUCCGACCAAUGACAACCUACCACCCCCAAUAACACCCCCACCCCCACCACCGGUCAUGACGUCGGCAUGUAUCAUGACAAAUUCGGUAAUCACCACGAUGUCCCAAUCAUUUUCCACAACUACUUGUGCGAUAAUGACAGCACUUCAAACGAUAGUGUCAUCCACAAUGGCACCAAGUGUCCUCAGUUUAAGGGAAUCGGUCGCUCGUUUUAGCCUGAGUCCGGAAAUGAGAAAACUUAUUUUAUUAAACCAACGUUUUGCAGAGUUAUCAACGGGAUUUGACUUGGGAGGGGUAAUUGAUUCUGGGGUAACCCACCAAAUGCCAAUUCAGAGCACACCCCAAAAUCAACAGAAUGAAGUUUCUCAUACACCCCUACAAAGAGAAACUGAUGAGAGAAAUAAUUCACAUCACCCCACCCCAAACGUUGGGACUAUUGAGAAUUUUAAGUGUCCCAUUUCAAAACAAGAAAGAAUUUCAAGAUUAGCGACUGAUGGUAGUGAGAAGAGCACUGACGUGGGAGAAGAAUCGAGGUUUGACAAGAGAUCGGGUGGGAGGGAACAACGUCCAUAUAGGGACAGUGACAGAGCGCGAUCUAGUAGAAAUACAAAGAAAACAAAUGCUAGGAGAACUCUUUUCGACGAGACAUCUAGUGACACGGAAUCAGAGAGCAGCGACGCAUUACCGACAAGACGUGACUUCCGAGAAGCAGAGAGGCGCUCUAAAGUUACAAAAAUCCUCAAAGAUUGGGACAUUAAAUUUUCCGGAACCGAGCGUGAAGACCCGGAAGAAUUCCUGGAGCGGAUGGAAGAUUGUCGAUUAGGCGAGUUGUUCAAUGACGAAGAACUCCUGCAAGCAAUUCCGAGUAUUUUUCGAGAAAACGCGAGUCGUUGGUUCCGAACUUUGCGACAUGACGUCAGAUCAUGGAAAUCGUUCAAACGGGCGUUCAAACGCGAAUAUUUGACUACGACCGACGAUGACGAGGUGGUUGACGAACUGAGGAGUAGAACUCAAGCUAAGGGGGAGAAGAUUUCUGCAUAUUUGACAAGUUUGAGGUUAAUAAUGGGACAUUUAAAAAGACCAUUGUCAACGGAGCAACAAGUUAAAAUUGCGUAUAAACGUCUGACCCCAACAUAUCGUCGACAGGUGGAUGCGUCGGGAAUGGAGUCUCUCUCCAAGUUGGAGAAAAAUUUGCGUCAGUAUGAGAAGAUGCGUUUCCCCGCUGCAGCGUUCAAAGGGGCAAAGAAAGAUUCGACUAAGGGUUCGAAAAAUGUGGCCGCGAUAGAAAAGGAGGAGGGUACCACUGAUCAAGAGAGUAUUGCGGAAGUGACCAGCGGGACGAAAAAGGCGGAAAAGAAAACUAAGAAGUCAAAGACGAAAAAGUCCAAGACGAAAAAGAAUUCUGAGGAAGUGGAGGUGGAAGCCUUGAAACAAACUACCCCCACCCCUCCCACCGCCCCAGUCCAGGUACCGAACCCGCCGACGUACGCUGCUGUAACGGCGAACAAAGAGAACAAGAGGUUCCAACCUAAACAGGCUGGUACAGGGACAGUACCAGUGGGACAACCAGGGACAGUACCAGUGGGACAACCAGGGACACCUGGGACACCAAAACCAUUUGUUGGCAUAUGCUUCAUUUGCCAAAUGGUAGGACAUCGUUCUACACAAUGUCCACAAAAAACGUGUUUUGUGUGUCAGCAACCAGGGCAUUUUGCAGCACACUGUCCCACCCGCGCCCAGCAGUUGGAAUCUUGUCUGGUAUGCAAGACCCCCGGGGUAAAUUUUUUGACAUGUCCCACAUGUAUCCACGUGCGUAAUGCAUUGGGAAACGGCCAGUGGGGGGCACAGAACGCGUCUGUACCCCCCUCCAAUCCCCCCAGAAAUCAAUAG